CCUGUCUCCUCUCUCAGCCACUGCCAGCCUGAGAGCUCUGCUGUCAGACAGUCCACCCUUCAGCUGAGCUGCUCCGGGAAACAGUGUCAACAUGGUGCGUGUUAGUGGCUUACUCACUCGCGUAAAGGACCCAGUUGCGCUGAAGAGCAUUGCUGUGACUCUGUCCAUCAAUGACUUUGUGGCUGGUGUGUCUGCAACCUUAAAUUACGAGAAUGAAGAGAAAGACCCCUUGGAGGCCUUCUUUGUGUUCCCCAUGGAUGAAGACUCUGCGGUCUACAGCUUUGAGGCCUUGGUGGAUGGGAAGAAAAUUGUGGCAGAGUUGCAGGACAAGUAUCAGGCUCACAAAAGGUAUGAGGAGGCCCUCUCUGGUGGGUAUCAGACCUACCUGUUGGAAGAAGACAAGUGCUCUCGGGAUGUCUUCCGUUGCAAUGUGGGGAACCUGCAGCCAGGGUCAAAAGUGGCACUCACCCUGAAAUAUGUCCAAGAGCUUCCUCUGGAAGAUGAUGGGGCCCUGCGCUAUGUGCUCCCAGCAAUCCUGAAUCCUAGGUAUCAUCUCUCCGGGCAAUCUGUGCCCAGUUCCCUGGAUCUGGAGACCCCAAUAGUCCCUUUGGAAGACCUGCCAUACACGCUCAGCAUGGUUGCCACCAUUAGCUCCCAGCUUGGAAUCAGGACAAUCCAAUCCAACUGUCCCUUGAGAUCCAUUGACUACACUGGAGAGAACAAUACCUCUGCUCAGGUUUUCUUGGCUGAAGGACACAAGUUUGACCGGGAUGUGGAACUCCUGAUUUUCUACAGGAAGGUGCACAGCCCCAGUGUAGCCGUGGAGAUGGGGAUGCCUGAAAGGGAAGCAGAUAGUUUGAUGGGAGCUCCUGCUGCAAUGGUGAGUUUCUAUCCAGAUAUCCCAGAAGUGGAGACCGCAACAAAAUGUGGAGAAUUUGUGUUCCUUAUGGACCGUUCAGGAAGUAUGAAGAGCCCCAUGAGUAGCCAGAACAGGUCUCAGCGGAGAAUAGAUGCUGCCAAGGAAACACUGAUUCUGCUACUGAAGAGUUUGCCUAUGGGCUGCUAUUUCAACAUCUAUGGAUUUGGAGCCACCCAUGAGGCAUUCUUUCCGACGAGUGUGAAGUACACUCAGCAAACCAUGGAGAAAGCAGUGGAGAAAGUAAAGCUUAUGUUGGCAGAUCUGGGAGGGACAGAAAUUUUAACACCACUACGGAACGUUUUCAGGAAACCUCCCAUUCCAGGGCAUCCCUUACAGGUCUUUGUCUUCACAGAUGGAGAAGUUGCUGAAACUUUUAAUGUAAUCAGGGAAGUUAAAUUCCACAGCAAAAGGCACAGGUGUUUCUCAUUUGGUAUUGGAGAAGGAGCCUCCACCAGUUUAAUCAAAAACAUUGCCCGGGUUUCAGGGGGCACUGCAGAAUUUAUCACAGGCAAUGACAGGAUGCAGUCCAAGGCUCUUAGGUCCCUAAGACGUUCUUUACAGUCUGUAGUAGAGGAUAUCUCUCUGAGCUGGAGUUUGCCUCCUAACCUGUUUGCACACAUGCUAUCUCCAGAGCAAACUGUUAUCUUUAGGGGUCAAAGGUUAAUCAUCUAUACCCUGCUGGUUGGACAGAUACCGCAGGAAGAGGCUACAGGUGAGGCCAUUCUCAAAUACACUCUCCAUGGCAAAAGUUAUGAGGAAAAGGUGACAUUUUCUCUACAGCCCAAGGCUGACGACAACCUCACCGUCCAUCGUCUUGCUGCAAAGUCCAUGAUCCAAUCCAAAGACUUUGGCUUCAGAGAGACAACACUGGUGCUUAGAAGAGACGUGUUGGACAUCAGUUUAGAAUCUGGAGUCAUGAGCUCCUUCACAGCCUUUGUUGCCAUCAACAAGGAGCUCAAUGAGCCAGUCCAGGGGCCCCUGGUUCAUAGGGAGAUUCCAAGGCCAAUUCUCUGGGGAGGUUCCUCCACAAGGCCAAGAACUUCUUCGGAUGGUUACCCCAAGUUUUUACCCUGCUCCACUGGUCCUAUGACUCAGCCUCCGAGGAGCAUACUCACAGGUUACUGUGCAGCCAUGGCACAAAUGCCUGAUGGCGCAGCACCACAGCCCCAUUACAGCCAGAGGAUGAAAUGUGUGAUGCACACAGAUACUCGCCCUGAGCUGCCCAACAUACUCAGAUUGCACACUUACCAACAAGGGAGUAUGGAGCAUACUGUUGCAGAGCUGAUCCUUCUCCAAAAUGCAAAUGGUUCCUGGGAUAUGAAUGAGGAUUUAGCCAAGGUUCUAGGUAUUAGUUUGGAAGACAUAACAGCUGCACACCCUACUGAGGUACUGGAACCCGCGGCUUGGGCUACAAUGCUGGCUGUGAUCUGGCUGCACGCCAAUGCUAAAGAGUUGAAGUGUGAGUGGGGACUUCUAGAACGAAAGGCUGUGGUGUGGCUCCACAACAAUGCAGUCCGUGGCUUCACCAAUCUUAUGCGUACUGCCAAUAACUUGUUGAAGACGUCUGUGAAAUCCAAGGUCUUCUCUUUAAAAGACUGAUGGCCAGGAGAAGGAACUCAGUCUUUCUGCCUCCUGCCAAGCCCUUCACCUUCUCUUCUGCUAAGAUGAAUUUUUGUCUUGAGUAUUUUAUGGCCUGUGUCUUACUAUAAAAGUGAAGGAUGAGCAUACUGCUUAGCUCCCUCUGGAUAUAUAAGUGUCAGUGUCUGUGUGUCCCC